AGAACUUCCAAUCAUAAUUCCACAAGUUUUUCUCCAUUUCUCUCUCUAAUAUUUUUCUACUUUUUCAUCUUCUUUUUUUUUUUUAAAAAAAAAACAUGCCAGAGGCUCCUUCAAUAGAUGAUGGAAAUUUUGAUGAAAAUAAUAAAAAACUUAUUCAAUUCUUUGAAGACAUCACUAGUAAUGCUAAUGAUGUGCAAAAAAAUGUUCUUAAUGAGAUACUUUCUCGUAAUUCUGGUGUUGAAUACUUACAAAGGCAUCGCCUUAUUAUAAAUGGCAACAAUGAUGACUAUGAAAAUUUCAAAAAAAUCAUGCCUAUUGUUACUUAUGAAGAUCUCAAACCUGAUAUUGAUCGUAUCGCGGAUGGUGAUCGUUCACCCAUCCUUUGUUCUCAACCAAUUUCCGAGUUCCUAACAAGUUCUGGCACGUCUGGGGGAGAGAGGAAAUUGAUGCCAACAAUUGAAGAAGAGCUAGGGAGAAGGUCAUUAUUGUACAGCCUUUUAAUGCCAGUAAUGAAUAAAUUUGUGCCAGAUUUACAAAAAGGCAAAGGAAUGUACUUUUUAUUUAUAAAAUCAGAAGCAAAAACUCCAGGUGGUUUAUUAGCUCGUCCAGUUUUAACAAGUUACUAUAAAAGUUCAUAUUUCAAAAAAAGACCAUAUGAUCCCUACACAAAUUACACAAGCCCAAAUGAAACAAUUCUUUGUUUAGAUUCAUACCAAAGUAUGUAUUCUCAAAUGCUUUGUGGUCUUUGUCAAAACACUCAAGUUCUACGAGUUGGUGCGGUUUUUGCUUCAGGUUUUAUUCGUGCUAUUCGUUUCCUUGAAAAGCACUGGCCUAUACUUUGUCGGGAUAUAAAAACUGGAACGUUGAAUCCACAAAUAAAUGACCCUAUGGUACGCGAAUCCGUGAUGAAAAUACUCAAACCGGAUCCGGACCUUGCUGAAUUUAUUGAAAUGGAAUGUAGUAAAGAGUCAUGGAAAGGGAUUAUUCCAAGAUUAUGGCCUAAUACUAAAUACGUCGAUGUAAUUGUUACUGGGACUAUGUCACAAUAUAUUCCAACUCUUAAAUACUAUGGUAAUGAUCUACCACUUGUUUGUACCAUGUACGCUUCUUCUGAGUGUUACUUUGGUAUAAAUCUUGAUCCUCUUUGUGAACCUAGUGAAGUUGCUUAUACUCUCAUACCUACCAUGGGAUUUUUCGAGUUCUUGCCCGUUGCUCGUGAUGAUCAAGGGCCACAAAAAUCUAACAAGUAUGACAAAGAUAAUUUGGUUGAUCUUGUUGAUGUCAAACUUGGACAUGAGUACGAGCUCGUGGUCACCACUUAUGCAGGAUUGUAUCGUUAUCGUGUUGGUGACAUACUUAAAGUUGCUGGAUUUAAAAACAAGGCUCCUCAAUUUCAUUUUGUGUGUAGAAAAAAUGUUGCAUUAAGUAUUGAUUCAGACAAAACUGAUGAAGUUGAGCUACACGACGCCGUUUUAAAAGCAUCGACUCAUCUUGUACCAUUUGAAACAUCAUUAACAGAAUAUACAAGUCAUGCAGACACAUCGACAAAUCCAGGACACUACGUUUUGUACUGGGAAAUCAACAAUGAUGAAUCCGAUGAAACAUUAAUCCCGACAUCAGUGUUUGAAGAUUGUUGUCUAACAAUUGAAGAAUCGUUAAACAGUGUCUAUCGACAGUGUCGCGUUUCGGAUAAAUCGAUUGGUCCCCUUGAAAUAAAGGUAGUUGAGAAUGGCACAUUUGAUAAGCUUAUGGAUUAUGCUAUUAGCAAUGGUGCUUCCAUUAAUCAGUACAAAGCUCCACGGUGUGUUAACUAUGCUCCAAUUAUUGAGUUAUUGAAUUCUAGAGUUGUUUCGAGUUAUUUUAGCCCGAAAUGUCCUAAAUGGGUUCCAGGUCAGAAGCAAUGGUUAUCAAGCUAAGAGAAUUCAUCAUAUACGAGAAUCU